AUGCUGCGUGGCGUGUUGUUGCUGAGCGUCCUGACGAUGAGCCGAGCGGAGAGCCGCAAAACUUCCCUCUCCAAAGACAUCUGCAAGAGCCGCUGCGCAUGUGAGGAGCGCGAGAACAUACUCAACAUCAACUGUGAGAAUAAGGGAUUUACAACUGUCAAUCAGUACCAGGCACCGCCGAAUAAAGUCUCCCAGCUUUUCCUAAACGGCAACUUCCUGUCACGGCUCAAUGCCAAUGAGUUUGUCAGUUACGGCAAUGUCAGCUCGCUGCAUCUGGGGAAUAAUGGCUUGCAGGAGAUUCGGACGGGUGCGUUUAACGGGCUGCGUUUUCUCAAGCGCUUGCACUUGAACAACAACAACCUGGAGGUGAUUAAGGAGGACACGUUUGCCGGGCUGGAGAGUCUGGAGUAUCUGCAGGCGGACUAUAAUUACAUCAGCACCAUCGAGCCGGGCGCCUUCAGUAAGCUCAACAAGCUCAAAGUGCUCAUUCUCAAUGACAACUUGCUGCUGUCCCUGCCGCCCAACAUUUUCCGCUUCGUGCUCCUCACUCACUUGGAUUUACGAGGCAACCGGCUGAAGAUGCUGCCCUUCGCGGGGGUGUUGGAGCACAUCGGGGGCAUCAUGGAGAUACAGCUGGAGGAGAACCCAUGGAAUUGCACCUGUGACCUGAUCCCUCUGAAAUCGUGGCUGGACACCAUUUCGGUUUUCGUGGGGGACAUCGUGUGCGAGACUCCCUUCCGGCUGCACGGCAAAGACAUCACGCAGCUCAUCAAACAGGAUUUAUGCCCGCGGAGGAACGCCGGGGAGCGCGCGCACCCCCCCUCCGACUCCCAUUUCCAAGGAGCCCUGCCCCCCACCUACCACCCCGGUCUGGUCACCCCCACCCGUGCCCCCAAAGCCUCCCGUCCCCCCAAGAUGCGCUACAACCGGCCCACCCCUCGCUUCAAGGACAAGCACGUCUUUGGACCCAUAAUGGUGUACCAGACCCGCUCUCCGGUGCCCAUGCUAUGCCCCUCCGUCUGUGUGUGCACGUCCCCCAACCCUGACAGCGGCCUCCACAUCAACUGCCAGGAGCGGAAAUUACAUAACAUAAGCGAGCUUAACCCAAAACCCUCUUACCCUAAAAAACUGCACCUGACCGGCAACUACCUGCAAGUCAUCUACAGGAUGGACUUGGCUGAAUACAGCUCUCUGGAACUGUUGCAUCUUGGGAAUAACAGGAUCGCUGUUAUCCAGGAGGGAGCUUUUGAGAAUUUAACCAAUCUCCGGCGUCUUUAUUUGAAUGGGAAUUACAUCGAGACUCUUUCACAGUCGCUGUUUGCCGGGCUCCAGUCACUGCAGUACCUAUAUUUGGAAUAUAACAUCAUCAAAGAUAUUUUUCCGCAGACUUUUAACUCUUUGCACAACCUCCAGCUGCUAUUUCUCAACAACAACCUGCUCAGAUCGCUCCCUGAUAAUGUUUUCGGGGGCACGAUGCUGACCCGGCUGAAUUUACGUAACAACCACUUUUCCUAUUUGCCCGUAAAAGGAGUAUUAGACCAGCUUUCCGCAUUCAUCCAGAUCGACCUCCAGGAAAACCCCUGGGACUGUACAUGUGACAUUGUGGCCCUCAAAAAUUGGAUGGAAUUGUCCAGCACGAGCGUGGUUGUGAACGAAAUCACUUGUGACUCCCCGUCCAAGCACGCCGGCCGCCUCUUGCGCUCGCUCCGUAAUGAGGCCAUCUAGCCCACCACCCCCGCUCUGUCAUCCUCCUCUUCCUCCUCUGCUCCCACGUCCUCCUCCACCUCUUCCUCCUCUCCUUUCUCUCCCCUCAGCUCCGUCAGCCCCACGGAGUCCAAACUUUCCACUCCAGAGUUACACCCCGAGGUCCCUCUCUCAGUCCUGAUUUUGGGGCUUUUAGUCGUUUUUAUUCUGUCCGUUUGCUUCGGCGCUGGGCUUUUUGUCUUCGUCCUAAAGCGGCGUAAAGGUGUGGAGCACGUCCCUAACGGAGCUAACAACUUAGAUCUCAAUUCUUUUCAGGUCCAAUAUGGCUCGUACAACCCUGAACCCACGCCGGGUAAGUCCUCUGAAAGCCAUGUUUAUAACUACAUCCCCCCUCCCGUCGGCUCCAUGUGCCAAAACCCCAUUUACAUGCAAAAAGACGGAGAGCAGGUGGCUUUUUACCGCAACCUGAAGGAGCUGAGUUUUGGGCCUCUGGGUGAAAAAGAGGAUGUAGUGACGCGCAGUCCAGGGGCGUACACCAUCAGCACGCUGGAUUUUAUGGAUAAAUCGCCCACCAUGUGCACAAUGACGUCCACAGAGCCCCCAGAGGUCUUGUACCAAAACUUAGCAGAGAGGCCACACAAAGAACUCCCCACACCCGCAGGACCCCCACCUUUCACCUACAACUUUUGCACUUUACCCAAGAGACCGUGCAUCGUCCCCCCCUACGAGGCAGCCACCGCACGCCGGCCCCCUCCUGCCCACGAGCGUCUCAACAAGACGGCGCUGUACGGGACCCCCAGGAAGUACUACGGGGCCGAGCACGCUUCCAUAAAGAACAGCGAGCACCCGCUGCUCCUGCCGGGGAAGCUAAAAACAGAGCCUGACUAUCUGGAAGUGCUGGAGAAACAGACUGCCAUGAGCCAACUGUAA